UCUUUGCCCCUUCGACCUCGACGACCGCCACGUCUCACCCUCACGCCUCUCAAACAGACAUGACUGUCUCACGGUCUGCCCCUAGCAGCCCCGACGGCACGCUCGGCCCGCCGGUGGACGAGCUGCACCGCGCCCUCUCGCGCGCCUCCAAGGCCGAGGAGAAGGAGCACGAUGCUUUGCCGCCGCCAAAGGGCCAGUCGAUCCGCGUGCAUUCCUACGGCAGCGCCGAUGCGCCGCCGCCCAGCACGCCCACGUACGGCAGCAGUUGGCUGGCGGCGUGGCAGGACCAGCGGCGCUUCUGGCUCGGCGCGGUGGACAAGGAGUGGAUCAAGUGGCAGCUCGUCUUCAUCAGCCUGACGACUGGCCUGCUGGACGUUGCGACGUACACCGGCUUCGGAGUCUUCUGCUCCUACCAGACGGGCAACACGUUGCUUGUCUUCAUCGGCCUGGCCGGCGGGCCGCCAGCCCGCUACAUUGCCGUCAAGUCGGCGGCCAUCUCGCUCGGCACGUUCCUCCUCGCCGGCCUCGUGGCCGGGCAGCUGUGCCGCCUGCUGCCCAACGGCCCACGCACGCGCUGGUGGCUCUUCUUCUCGAGCAUGCUGCAGGCACUGCCGGUGUUCAUCCCGGCCAUCCUGGCGCACCAGGGCUUCUUCCCCGUCGAGCAAGAAACGCCCAAGCCGAGCGGCGCAGACCAGUUCUGGCACAUGGUGAUUGUGCUCUCGGCUGCGUCAGGUGUGCAAAUGUCCAUGGCCCGCACCGUCGAGUGUCCCGAAAUCCCGACGGCGCUCCUGACGUCGCCCUACAUCGACCUGCUCUCCGACUCGCACCUGCUCUACCCGCUGCUGCCGCGCUUCUCCUUCCAGCCCGACCGGCAUGUCUCUGGAGCGGCGCUGCGGCGCAAGCUGAGCGUGCGCGCCAUCCGCCUCUACUACAUCCUCGCCUUUGUGCUCGGCAUCGUCAUUGCCGCCUUUGUGCGGCGGCACACCAGGCGGCCCGCCGACAUUCUCUUCAUUGCCGGUGCGCUGCGCACGCUCGUCGCCUUCUCGUUCCUGGCGAACCGCGCCGAGAAGGCGGAUGCGACGCCGAUGGGCAGUCCGGCGUGAGGUCGUGGCGUCGUACGCCAGUCUAACCCCGCAGUCACCCUCGCAUCGCCGUCCCGUCAUCUGUACAUCACCCACAUCUGUCACAUACAUCGCCCCUGUCCUCUGCGGGUGAACGCUGUGCCGCUGGCGCGGUGGUCGCACGGUGCCGUGUGGGCUGUCCAGGGUCCCGCUCCGUCCUAUCGGUCCGGUCGCAGCAGGGGCAGGGAGGG